GCUUUUUUAUUUGUCCAUCAUCACUUUUAAAAUUAUUAGUUAACUUAUCUUUAGCUCUCUUUUACACCAUGCUUCUCGUCUCCAGUAGCUUUUCCUUAGCCCUUGUGGCUCUCUUCAGCCUUGUGGCUAACCCUGCAGUUGAAGCUACUAGUCAUACGAUCUGUUUUGAUUAUUUUAUGAUGAAAGAUGGUUGUGUGUUCUCUACUAACGAUCCUAAAAAAAGAUGUGAACCUGAUGGUAAACCACCCAAACAAGGUGUUGGAGUGCUCAAAUCACCCGGUCAGAAAAAACACCGUCGUGAUGAAGUCAGCUUAGAGCGUCGUUACGAUACCCCAAAAGGAUCUAAAAGUUUUUUCGUUUCUGAUGGUACCGGUAUCUGCGGUACUUACAGAGGUGAUCAACCUGGUGCAUGCCUUUGGGCUGGUGGUCAGGAUGGCCUUGGAAACCCAACCGGUGGAUGGCUCAACGGUACCAAGACCUCUAACUGUGGAAAGCAACUUUACCUCCAACGUCAAGGCAAACCUGAGACAGUGCAAUACGUCCCUGUUCUCGAUGGUUGCGACUUUAACAUCAAGACAGAAUACCCUGGUUGUUUCCAAAUCGCAGUCACCGAACAUACUUUCUAUUCGAUGAACCCCACAGCUGAAGAAUUACGCAAGGGUUAUCUUACUGGACUCACCUGGGACUUUAACAACUUGAAUGGUGACAAGACCCGUAACGGACCUAUUUAGACUUAGUCUAUGAACAAUACGUUUGUUUUUUUUAUAUCAUCAAAUUAAAUCACGUUUUUGUCAUGUCAUGUUAUCAAUGUCUUUUCUUGGAAAAGCAAAUGGUAAACAGGAAAUCUUGUUUUAUCUUAUCUGU